GGGACUUUGGACAGGCCAGGCAGGACCCCUGGGUAGACUGUAGAGUGGUAUUGUAUCUGAAACGUAUUGAAAGCAACUGAAGAAAAUAGUUGAAACUCAAACAAAAGUGAAAUUGUGAGUGGAGUAAUAAUAAUAAAGGCCCGUACCGGUGCUAAACACAUUAGGUACUACCUAGGUAGGCCUAGUGCCUAGUUGUGUACCUAGUGAUUUACCAUCUCACAGGCAUUUUAUAGGAACUUUAGAAAUGGCUGGGACAUUUUUAUCAAUCUUAAGAAGCCAAAAGCUUUUAAUAAGACCUGGUUUGAUAAGCCAAGGAGUUCUACUAGGCGCAAAUGUGAUUGGUGUGUCAUAUUUUUUAAAGCAUUCAUUGCUCUUGACAUAUACCAAGAAAUACAAUGAACGUGUUGGAAUAUAUGGUCCAGAUGAACCAGCUGACGAACUGAAUAACAUGAUGAAUGAUAUAAUUACAAAUGACUUGAAAGACAAGUCUAGCAAGGACACACCUAUAGCACUCUACCUGACUUCAGGAAUGGAACCCACACACUUAGGGACAGUUGGAACAACUUCCGGGGGAUUUGUUGGUGUUCCGGUUUUCUACGAGUUUAAAAAUGAAGAGGAUGUCAAAGAAAAUAUUCUUAUAAGAGAUGCCGAUAAAGAUACGGAAGUUGCCGGAAGCAAAGGAACAAGCAAUUGUUUUCUUCUGAGCAAUGAUGCUAAAAAGUAUGGAAUCGCUCGUGAAAUACUGCAAGUCAAUACAUUUCUUGUUUAUAUAAAUGGACUAGUUUUACCAUUUGGUCUCAGUACAAUCUUAGUUUUGUUGUAUAAAGAAAUGAAUGACACAUACAAAAUCUUGAAGAAACCAUUGUAUAUGAGAUGCCUAAUCUACUGUGUAGCAACUCUUGCAGGUCUAAGUUUUUGGAGAUAUUUGUAUAAAAAUUUACUUCAAUAUUAUGAAUCUGAAGUUGAAGCAUCGAUUGCUGAAUUGGGUAUGGACUAUAUUAAAGGUGGAAUAGAACAUUGUACAAAAGAGCUAGAACGAAAUUCACUUUCAUUCGAGUUAAACAAUGUUGAAUCUAAUUUUUACAAUCAUUUUGAAGAUUUAAUCUGCAGCUUGCUGCCAAGAGGUAUUCCUGUAAGAACUAGAUUGGAAUAUUUGAAAAUGUUAGCUGAACAAACCAGUAAUAAAUCACCAAAGUAAAAUAA